AUGACAAAUCCGGAAACUAUUAUAACUAGACAAUCUAUAGAUCAAAUUUUCAACCCAUCGGAAAAAUAUAUUGAUGAAUUUAUGCUCACUUAUGGAAACCGCCCGGAUUUUCGCAGAUCUGAUUUUCAUGUUUGGGAUCAACAUCGUGAAUUGGGCAGGUUUUUCUAUACCCUAAAGAAUAGCACAAAACUUAUUGCAACUUGGCAAUAUAAUUCUUUUCAACAUCUUCACAAAACAGUGGAUUUUUCAUUUGGUGGAUUGCUUUGGAUCAAUCCGAAAUAUCGAGGAAAAGCUAUUAUGAAAAUAUUUCAUGAAGAUUUGAUUGGUCAAAAAGUGAUACGACGUCCUUUUAAAUCUAAUCUUGUGCCCGCAUCGAUGAAUUUUAUAACAAGAGUUUGCGAUGGGAAAUUGAAACAUCAUUUGAAGUAUGAUGUAACUUAUUAUAAUCCAGAAGACCUAACAGUGCCUCAGAAUUUGAAAAUUGAUGGGAUUACUGUAAAGGUAAGAAAAAUUAAGCGCGGAAUACUGUAGAUGAAAAUUCAUAAUUUUUUGACAACAUUUUUUGCUGAAGAACUCAUGCGUUUUUUUAUGUGGGUUGAUCUUAUUGUUAGAUUAUUUUUUGCGAACACUGUAGAUUACUACAAGCUAUAAACAUCUAGGUUCUAGAAUUCAUUUUUUUGGAUAUAAAAUCACUUUGAAAUUCGUUAUUCUGGUUUGUUUGCAGAUUUUUUGAUAUAACUAUGUUUUGAAUCAUCCCCUGUUAAUUUUUCAGAACUUCGAUGAAUCACAAUCUCGCAAUAUUGUUCAAUACGAUCAAGCAAUUUUCCCAUAUAAUCGUGAAAAAUUGAUGCUGGCUAAUUUUUCGGAUCCAAACAACAUUGUGAAAAUUGCCUAUGAUUGGGAAGGAAAUGUAAUCGGUUUUGGAUAUUUGGCAUUAUUUGAUUCCGGUUUUGCAAGUAUGUAUGCAUUAUAUGCUGAUAAUGUUAAUGUUGCUCGUGCUAUUUUUGCAAAUAUUUUGAAAGAUGCACCGAUGCAGAAAAUCAAACGAUUUGAAAUUCGACAACCCGAUACAUCGGAAAAGUAAGAUUGUUUUAGAGUUAGGUUCUUGAUAACAAAUCCAAAUGUUUUCUAGAUGGAUUGAACCAUUUGUGGUAAAUGAGCAAGAAACAAAACAUAUGGCAACUUUAGUUUCAACAGAGGAUAAUAUCGAAUUCAAUAUGAACAAAAUAUUUAUCAACUCGCAUCCAGCUUGUUGUCCUGUUUGA